UCGAGUGGAGGACAUUGGAUUCCAAACAUGUAUUUUGAAAGUAUUGAAUUCAAGUAUCCGACCAGUACACAUGAGCUUUCCUCGAGACUGACGAUGAGGAUGAGGUCAGUUACAGGUAUCCAAGGCAACAAAAUACGUGUGCUGGUAAUUGGUGAUACCGGUGUGGGUAAAUCAAUGAUGAUUAAUCAGUUCUCGAAGAAACGAUUCAUUGAAGACUUUGAGGACAACAAUCCCUCCGAGGAAGGAGCAAUAGUAGUCGAGUUAAUGGAGAUCGAUGUUAAUCUCGUAGCAGCAUUAAAAAGGCUGGCAAUAAAAACCGCACAAGCCUAUAUCUUGAUGCAUUCGUAUGACAAUCCGCAGUCGUUUGAGUACAUAAGAAAAGUCAAGCAAGAAAUAGAAGAAAUGAAAGGGGUUGGAAUGCCGGUAGUCGUGGUCGGAAAUAAAAUCGACAUUUCGCGGAGAAUAAAUCAACAUAGGAGUCAGCAUUCUGAAGUUAUCAACUGGGGUUUACCUCAUACAGAUAUAUCACUGCGUACUGGGAUGAAUAUAGGCGGGGUAUACAGACACCUCUUCAGCCAUCGCACACUGCAGAGACUGGUGGAUGUUGUAGCAGUGAUAAAUGCAUCAUCGGUUUCAGCUAGUAUACGUAGAAUGUCCCUCCCGGCUUUUGAAGCUUUCAGAGUACCGGAAGUAAAUGUAACGGAAGCACAGUCCGAGAUUUUAACAGAAAAUGAAAAACAAUCUUCAGAUACGUUCCCGUUGCAAAAACAACGUGCAUCUACUUGGGCUAAGUUCAAACAGGUCUUUUCUGGAGCGAAAGUACGAAAAUAAUUACAAAAGAACCAUUUCUUUUAAUCGGGAAUGUAAUUUUCAAACGGGGACUGGUAAAAAAAAUGACACUCACCAAAUCAAUAUUGCUUGAUCACAUUUUGUUAUUCUAGUUUCUUUAGCCUGUUUUUAUGCUUGCCGAGUUCAUAUAGAAAAACAGUUUAACGAUAAUUAGAUUACAAUUAAAAGUGGUCUUUUCUUAUUAAAUGUUCAUUACUAAAAUUGUAUAUAUUAUAUAUGU